GGGCAGGGACGUCGUGCGAGGUGCGCGCUGCGCGACGCGAGUACGUCAGUUUCGCGAUAGACCGCGCGAAAAAGGGCCGUCGUACCUCCGCCGGGGAAGGCCAGCCGCCGUUGUACGCGGUCGCGCGUCCCGUCGCGGAAAUCCCGCGGCCGUACCAGGACUCCGCGGUGCCCGUCGUCGUCGUCGCUUGGUGCCGUCGUCGCUCCAGUGCGCUCCACCAAUCGUUCGGGCGCUACGAUUCGCCGUUUAAAAAAAAAGCGUUCGCGGGCCGAGUUUAGCCGACGGAAGGGCUCGCCAGAGAGGUAAACACGACACCCGUUUACUGGCGCCUCCGCCGCCUCUGCCGUUCUUCCCGUCCCGUCUCCCGUUUUCAGUUCUCCCGCGUUCUCCUCGUUGCUAAAGCGUGUGCGUGUGUUGUCGCGUCGACCGCCCGUCGCGAUCGCGUCGCCGCGCCGCGCGCGAUCGCCGUCCGCCGUGAAGAUUCUCUCCGCGUGCGACGAUUGAGAUCGAUCAGCAGGUUGAUAAAUUCAGCUUGCGGGUUGUAUCGCGGUUAUUAAAAUCUACAAUGGCAGUUAGGUAGUUGUGGAAAUUAACGUUGAACAUUUCACGAACUUCGAGCAUAUUUAUAUUUAUUUUGAAGAUGUAAAGAAUACAAUCAUAAUGAAGCCACAGAAGAAGGCUGUUGUUGCCAAAAAGGCAACUAAAAUGCCAACAGUCGCCAAGAAACGUCGCACAUUUACAGAGAAGACCAUGCCAGAUGUAAAGAAGGAGAAGAAAUCAAAGAAAAAUGAUAAACUGGAAGAUCCAAAGAAGAAGAUAGAUAACGAUAAGAAGAAAUUAGAAAAGGAGGAGAGGAAAAAACUGGACGACAAAAAGAAGCUUGAAGAGAAAAAGAAGGAACGAUUUGAUAAAUUGGAUGAAAAGAAAAAACAAUUGAGUAAGGAUAAUGAAAAGAAAUCUGAUAAAAUUGACGAGAGGAAGGCGGAAAAAAGAGAUGAUAAAGCGAAUAAUGAAGAUAUGAGUCAAGAGAAUACGGAUAAGAAAAAAUUACAGAGAUGUGAAGAGAAAGCGAAAUUGGAAAAACAAUCGAUUGAUAACAAAAAGAAAUCUGAGAAAACUGAGGAAAAGAAGAAGAAUGUAAAAUUGGACGAUAAUGCAGGUGUGGAGGAUAAUGUAAAAUCUUUAAAUGCAUUGGAGGAUAAGGACGCGCUUGAAAAUAAGAUUGAUAUUCUCCCUCCUCUCACUAAAAAAAGAGGCAAAGAUGAGAAGAAGAAAGAUGUCAAGUUAAUUAAAUCUGAUAUUAAAUCAAUAUCGAAGAAUUCUGUCACGAAGGAUAAAAAAUCCGAACGCAAGAAAAUUCCCGAGAAGGAUGCGGUGAGCAAUAAGAUUUCUUCUCCUAGAACGAAGAAGGAUUCCAAAGCAAAACAAAGUCAGAAGAAGGGCAUUACAAGAAAAACAGUUCUGACGAAAAAGCCUCAUUUAUCGGUAGUUAAAAGAUUGGUCGACAAGAAGAUCAAGUUAGUCAAGCCAGUGAAAGAUGAAGAAAUGAGCGAAGAUGAAGACGUAGUCAAGAAGGCGAAGAAGAAGAGUAGUAACUUUACUAAGAGUAAGAGUACUUUGCCAGAGAAGAAACCAAAGCUGGCUAAACACAUGAAAGCCAAAUUGCCUCAGAAACAUUCGAAGAUCAGUGCUGUUUUGAAAAGGGAAGAUAAGUUGAAAACUAUAACGGAGAAGAUUAUGGCUAAGAAGAAAAUUGAACUGAAAGAGUUUGACGAAGUUUCGGCCGAUCAUAAAAAGGUCGCUAACAAAGACGAGGCUUGUCAAGGACUAGAAGUGAGCAGCAUUAAAAGUGAGAUUGAGGAAGACAAGGAUUCCGAUAAGUGCAAAGAAGAGAAUCUUCAACCAAAAGUACAGGAUAAUAAGAAGGCUAUCAAAAGUGGUAAUAAAACUAGCGGCAAAGCUCCAAAGAAGAGUGGGAAAACGAUAAGGGUACAAACGGAGAGCAAUAAUCAAACGUCAGUUUUAUCUGAAGAUGCAUCUACCGAAGAAUCUAACAAGCAAUCCAAAAUUUCCGAAGAUAGUGCGAAGUCUACUACAAAUUCCAAACAGGAACAAAUCGGGGCCGAGAAUACGGUUGAAUUAAAUCUAAAGGUUGAGGCAAUGAAUGGUGAGAGUGCCAGUGGCGUUACAUCUCAAUCUGACUCUGAGAGUGAUUUUGACGACGACUACAAGAAGAGUAGGCAUACCAAGAACAAGGAGAGGGCUAACUCACCAUCGGACGAACGUGCGCGACGAAUGCGACUUUUUGGCUUUUGGAGUGGACCAAAACGACACAGGGUCGCAUCAUUGAAUGCCUUGGCUAAAGUUCACUGCCUCUACGAAAAUGAGACCGGCGGAGUCUAUCUUGGUGGUUUUUGCAAACCAAAGCCCGAGAAGGAGAAGGAGAAGGAGAAGGAGAAGCCGAAGAAAAUGAAGGAGGAAAAGGAGGAGCAGCCACGUAAGGAGAAGGAGAAGAAAAUCGAAUGCAAAACGGAGGAGAACGUCUCGAAAAGAAAACUGAGAAAUGUGCCGGGACUACGUGGCAAACAUUGGGAUAUGCCGGGCAGUUCGUCAUCUUCGUCUUCAUCCGAUGAGGAGAACUGCGAGAAGGAGAAAAAUGCUGAACCAAGCAAGAAGAAAAUGACCAAAAGGAGAAAGAGAAAUGAGGAAGUAAUGGACCUGAAGGACAUGGUUGUUUGCAAGAGGAUGGCCAGUCUUAAUGCCACUGCCAUUUUGGCUGCUUCCUACUCCGACGAGAAAAAUCGUUGUGGUAGCAGCAGUGAUUCCUCCACCAGUGAGUCGGAAGUAGAGAUAAUUAAAAGACGUAGACAAAAUGACUCAGACGUAGAUAAGAAGAAGUCAAGACAGGGCUCUGAUCCGGAGGAGGUUAUUAAGCCAUCCAAGAAAGUUGUCAUCGUUAACCAGGACACGGACGUCACUAUCACUGGUGUUUACGUCAAUCAAACCCGGUCCACCCAUCACGAAGGUUUUUGCAGUAUUGCCGGUAUGCAGUACAGAAUUAGUUCUACCAGUCACACUCAAACUGCAGCUACCGCGGUGGCCACUGAACUUCAUGAUCAGCAAAAACCGGAACAGCCUUGCAAGUCCUAUACACCACUCGGCGCAUUGUCUUCUAUGCAGCCACCAGGUAGCCAGGGUAAUCAUCCUAACAUGUCACCACGCAGGCAUUCAGCAUUCUCGGCCCCUCAUCAACACGGGUAUUAUCAGCCGGCUGGUCCACUGAUACAGCACCCACCGCCGCCACCGCCAACCUUACCGCCCAUUAAGGGCCCACCUCCGGAACCGACACCCACGCCUCCCCAAAACUCAGAGGGUUCGGACGAUCUGGUCGCCACUUCCACGACUUCGGGAGGCACAAGCAGCACGGGUGGAGGAUUUUAUAGGACAUAUUGCCCGCAGUACUACGGCACGCCGCCGCAGUAUCCGGAUCUGUGUUAUCCGCCGACGUAUUCUCAUCCUCAUGCUCAUCCGCCGCAUUACUACAAAUACCCGCCCACUUACAGGAGGCAAUACUAUGGCUAUCAGGAGUCCGGUGGGGGUGGCGGACCGCCGCCGGGCAGCGGUGCCGCCGGAGGUGGCCCUGGAGUCGUUGAUUACCAGCCACCUCCGCCACCGCCGGGCGAAUAUCCGCUACCCUAUUACGGGGGAUAUCCUCCGCCCCCCCAUCCGCCGCCGCCACCUCCUCCGAAUCCGGCAUAUCUGCAUUCUCAGGGAAGACCUUUCGUAGACCCCUUUCAGGGUUGUCCAUGCCCGAUGCAAUCGUGUCCAAAAAACGUGGAUACUGGGGCCCUUAUUGGUAAUGGUAAGGGAGCGCCAGUGGUAUCGGGGCCCGGUCUGUCAUUGCCACCCAGUGCUUUGGUAGGUCCGCCCUCGCCAGCGAGGGGGCUAGCUGGGCUAGCUCCCCCUCACGGUGCCAAUGCCUGGGACACAGAUCGCGUCCAAAUCAACACUCAUCGCAACCUAAAUCAGAACCAACCCCCCUCGGUCCCGUCGUCGCACAAUCUAGUCGGCGGGCAUAGUCGCCUUCAAAAUCAAGACUGUAGGAGUAAGGACGAGCAGAAUUGUACGGAGGACACGCUGAGGAAAUGCGGUUGUCAGAACGCGUGCACGUCCACUUGCGAGGUCAAGAUGGAGACGCUAUCGCCCACCGAGAAACUGUCUGUAGCGGCGAGCUGUCCCAGCAGCAAGUAUCACAAUUUCAAGCUAGAGAAUAACAAUGUCAAAUGCGAGUCCUGCAGUAUGGAGAUCGACGGGCUGCCGUGCGUCGCCAAUUGCAAUGUCGUCAAAUGCGAGUCGGAUUACAAGUGCGACAUCAUGAAGUGCGAGCAGUGCAUGAAGGAGGGACAGAUAGCGAUACUGGAGAUGGACAAGGAUUCCGGUAUCGUGUUGGACGACAAGCUCGACGGUGAUCCCGACGUGAAGGAGGAACUGGACGUAGUGGUGAUCGACAGUGACGAGAGCUGGAAAAAGCCUGAUUACGAGCCGACCGUGCAGGAGACUGUCGACGAUAAGGAGGAGGAGGAGGAGGAGGAGGAGGAAGAGGAAGAGAGGGAAGUGGAGAAGGAAAUUGUGCAGAGACCGAUCGCGACCAAGGUCGAGGCCGAAGCUGAAACCGAGGAACAGCCCAAGUGCCAAAAGGUGACGAAGAGGAAGCUCUCGUUGGAUAGCUUAUCGGACAGCAGAAAGAAGAGAAAAGUGAGCAAGAGGACCUUGUCGGUGGGCUCGUCUCAAGAUGCGAAUAACGAGGAAUCGGUCAUUGCGCCAAUCGAGCCGCUGUCGAAUAAUGCGACCGAUAGCGUGACGACCGCCCCGAAGAAGAAGCAAGCGAAGAAGGACGCAGGAUCGCGGGGUCAAAAGCGAAAAGCGGAGGCGCCGAGCGCGAACGAGAGCGCGACUAAGAAGGUGAAGAGCGGCAAGCAGAGCAUCGUGAAUUGCUUGAAACGGACCGCCAGCGAUAUUUCGAUAAUGGAGACCAUCGACGAUGUGAUACAGCAGAGUCUGCAGAUGACGCAGAGGAAAGAUCGCAAGAGCAAGAACUGCGUAGAGAAGAAGAAGAAGUGCGUCAAAGAGGAAUCGUUACCGGCGGCGAAAAGGCUCGCGAAGAAAAUCGAUCAGGUGAAGGAGCAAGUUAUUGAGAAGGUGUCAAAGGCAGUUUCGAAGAAUGGUCAAGUCAAAGGCAAGGCGGACGCGAAGCCGAAACUGAAGGCUUCUCAGGAGGCCAAGGCCAAGGUUGGCAAAGGCAAGAUCGGCAAGAUCGUGGAGACGAAGGAACAGGAUACAAAACCCAGGGCGCAGGAUUUGAAGGCGCGGGACGGCUCGAAGAAGCGCGAUAUCGUGUCCAAGACCAAAGCGAGCGACGUCAGCGAAGAUCCGAAAAAGUCGGCCGUAAUUAAGAAGAAGCGAAAGAGCGCGAAAAAGGUGGUGAACGCCAAGAAGUCGGGCUGCAAGGUGGAGAAUUCCUCGCUUGGAAAUGAGAGCCUGACGUUAACGAGAAAAACGUUCCUGAAACCGAAGUGGAACAACGGAUGGAGCUGGGAGGGGGAGCCCUUUGAAGCCAAAGUUUAUCUAACGAAUGAAGAAACGGCCAUACGGCGAUGUUACGCGAGUAUGAGUCACGAGAGCGGCGACGUAUUGCGGCCUCGGGACUGUGUAUUGCUGAAGAGCGGUACGCGAAAGGGUGACUUGCCGUAUGUAGCGAAGAUUGCGGCGCUGUGGGAAAAUCCGGAUGACGGCGAGAUGAUGUUCUCGUUGCUGUGGUACUACAGACCUGAGCACACGGAACAGGGACGGACGCCACACGACAGCGAGGACGAGGUAUUUGCCUCGCGUCAUCGGGAUGCAAACAGCGUUGCUUGCAUAGAAGACAAGUGUUACAUCCUGACGUUUAACGAAUACUGUCGGUAUCGUAAAAACUUGCGGAGGAUCGAAGAAGGCUUAGAAAAUCCUGGCUUGAUAGUUCCGCCAGGGGACCAAGUGUAUCCAAGGGAGAAUCGGCAGCCUCCUAUACCAGUACCGUCAGACAUGGUGCUUUUCUGCCGACGUGUUUACGACUAUCGUGGGAAGAAACUCGUGAAGAACCCCGGAUGACUCGAAUUCCUGUAAGAUGCAAACCGAGGAAGCUUAGGUCACACAUUGAAACUGGCCGCAGGUCUCCUUUCAUGCGUAAUUGCGUCGCUGUUGAUCGAUUUGUCUUGAUUUCGAGGGAAUGACGAGAUUCGAUUGUUUUUGUAGUGAAUUACCGAUUCCGCGAACACACACACACACACACACACACACACACACAUUCUCUAUUUCUUCCACUUUCCAUCACGUUGCGUUUUACGCGUUUGCUAAAGGAACAGCUUUUGUGCAGAGAAACAUUCGGUUGUGUCCAAAAUUAUUAAGAGAAAGUGAAAAAAGUAGAUGAAUGUGCGAGUGUUUCAAAAACAAUUGGAUUCUUCUAUCCUUAAAUGUAGAAAGAUUUUUAGAACAUCGUGUCAAGAAAGACUCGCAGAAAAAAAAAGAAUAGCACCUCAAGUAUAUCCUCAUGUAUAUCGUAAGGCUACUUUUAUCGCGCCGCUUAUAUUAAUCGGUCUUUCUAUUCUGCUCGUCUGCGAUACCACGGAAAUCAUGAUGAAUCGUUCAUUAAUUCUGGUGAUAGAUGUUGCGUGGAAUUCAUGCCGGCGGAUCGGGCGCGAGGAAGCGCGCGCCGGAGCGUUCGGGUCGAAACACAUAGAUCAAUUACAAGUACCGGACGAUAUUUUUCCAAGGAUGGCAUUAUCCGCAUGUUCCUCUCGCGGGCGAUUGCGAACUUUCGCCCCCGUAUUCUCCAUUUUCUUUUUCCGCCGGCACGAACGAAGCCAACGUUACAAUCUCGAUAACGUGUAUAAGAUGUUUCUAGGCGAGUUAGUGGAAUUUGACAAUUUUAUAGAGAGAAUCAUAUUUUUUGUGAGAUAGCAUUUUACACAACACUUAAAUGGAUAUUUUUCACAUAGGAGAUAACAAAUGCGCGACGCCGCAAUGUCGUGCGUCCGCGGCGCCUUAACUUGAAGGGAACCUACGAAC